GUUAAACAUUACAAAAAAGUUUGCAGGCAUGAACAGUUUUGAAAACUUCACGGGUUGGACGAAUACGACGUCCAAUAAAACUCAAGCAGAAGUUUACAACAAACUUUUCUCAGUGACGAUAAUUAUGACUAUUUACGCAUUGUUCCUCGUUGUCACCGUUACUGGUAAUGGUUUGGUUUGCUGGAUUGUCCUCACGAAUCGUAGAAUGCACGAUUCGACAAAUAUUCUUUUGGUGAAUUUGGCCUUGAGCGAUCUGCUGAUGGCUCUCGCCUCGACCUUUCAAUUCGCAGAUUUUGCAGUGAAAGAUUUGAAUUUGGUGGGAAACUCAUUGGUAUGUUACAUCGUUGCAAUUAAUCGUCGUAUGCACGAAGUGACUUAUUAUCUAUUGGUGAAUCUGAGCGUCAGUGAUCUGAUACAAGCAUUGGCGACCAUUUUUCAAGUCACUGAUUUUAUUGUAAAGGAUCUAAAUUUGGGAAAUGUCGGUUGCAAGUUUCAGAUUAACAUGGUCAACAUUCCCUACAGUUCAUCAGUUUUGACACUUAUUGUGAUUGCAAUCGAGAGGUAUUGCGCUGUGUGUAAACCACUGUUCUUCGGUGAUUUCAAAGCGCUUCUGAAAUACAUCAUCCCUUCAAUAUGGCUGCUGUCUUUCCUAAUCUAUUUCCCUACGAUGUAUUACUGUGGUGUCAGGUGGAAUGCUGAAGAAGACCAGCUCAGCUGUGAUUGUACAUACCGCUGGCCAAGUCUGAGGGCGAAGAACAUCUAUGGCGUGUUCAUUGUCAUCGCUUUGUACCUAGUCCCUCUCACCAUGAUUUCUGGAUUCUAUUCUAAUGUGAUUAGAAGAUUAAGGAGAGCACCCCCCGGCGAAAGUGAUGCAAGUGUGGCGGCCUAUAGAUCGAGACGGGGGGUUGUCAAGAUGCUGUUUGUAACAAUUGUCGUCUUUUUCCUGUCCUGGACUCCUUAUAAUAUUCUGUACUUCCUGAAGAGGAUUGAAUAUGAUUUCAGAAGUGUAUAUAAAUAUGUGUGGUAUCCUGCACUGCUGUUGGCAUUCCUGGGUAGCGCGUGCAACCCUGUCAUAUACUGUUUACUCGGCAAGAAUUUCCGCGAUAGUUUUAAAUCAAUAUUGUGCAGCUGUGAGGGUCGAUGUCAUCUGCCUUUUAUCAGAAAACCUCGUGGAAAUACCACCUCCAGGACACCCACAUCACGCUCAAUGGAAAACAUCGUGUUGGAAAAUAUUCAAAGCACGGACACUGACGUGACGGACAAGAAGCAAUAACGGAAAAAGCGAUCACGUCCCAACUGGUACGAACAGAAACUACGAUGAACAGUUUGAAAUUGUUCAGUAUUCCUGAUGAAUGAAAAGAAUAAUGCAAAUUGUUAUAAAAUAUUUCAUUGUUGGAGUUGAUACUCCACAGAGCCCUGAUUUGCCUGACACAUUCCAA